CCUUGAGAAUACGGGAAGAGGACAAACUAAAUGUGAAUAAAAUUUGAAAUGAUGCCCUUAAGAGCUGAAUAAAAAUCACGAGAUGAGAUGAUACACUUUACAUCACAAAUGUACAACAGCGUUCUCUAAUCUUGUCCUUAUAAAGUCAGCAAACAGAACUUUAUUGCGGUCUCUUCUCAGUUUCCUAAAUAUUUUCUGACUUAAACGCUCUUAAUUCAGCGACCUGUUCACAGAUACAUAUAGGAACGUCAAGUUGUGAACUACAUCUCCCACAAUCCACCGGCACAGCACGCCCCUGUGCCGCUGGCUCUCUGGGAAUCCGCAGGGAUUUGUGGGAAGUAUAGUCAAGCAAGUAUUGCUGGAGUAGGGUAGAGGUUCAGUGUGCUUUCUGUUGACAUAGUUCCAGUGGGCUCGGAGCCAGAAAUCACGCCGCUGUCAGUUCCACGCACACUGGUUUCCAUCAUGAGGUAGUGGGGUCUGGGUAUUUUAUUUCUCUUUUCUUCUCCCCAUCGGGUUACUCGCAAAAAAUAAAUAUUGGUAUUCCGUACGAUAUGUCAAUGGACUUGACGUUUCUGGGGACUGGCUCUGCCUACCCCUCGCCUCACCGUGGAGCCUCGGCACUGGUCCUCCGCACGGAUGGGGACUGCUGGCUGUUCGACUGCGGGGAAGGGACGCAGACGCAGCUCAUGAAGAGCCAGCUGAAGGCUGGCAGGAUUACGAAGGUGUUCAUCACCCAUCUCCAUGGCGACCACCUGUUCGGCCUGCCGGGCCUGCUGUGCACCAUCAGCCUCCACAGCUGCCCCGCUCCUGCCAAGCCCCCCCCGCCGGUGGAAGUCUACGGCCCACGGGGGCUGCGCAAGUUCCUGCGCGUCGCCCUCACGCUCUCGGGCUCCCAGCUGAUGUUCCCCUACGUGGUGCACGAGCUGGUGCCCGGGGAUGACCAGUGCCCCCCGGAGGGGCUGCCGGACGGCUUGGAGCCAGUCCACGAUGACGAUGACGACGAUGGCGGCGGGCGGCUGCACCCCCAGGAGGUGCUGGGCCGAACCUUCCAGCUGGACCCGGAACAGGGCUGCUACACGCUCCUCGAGAGCCCGCAGUUCGUCGUCAGGGCCUUCCGGCUCUUCCACCGCCUCCCUUCCUUCGGCUUCGUGGUGGAGGAGCGGCCGCGGCCCGGCAAGCUGAACGUGCAGCUGCUGAAGGAGCUGGGAAUAAAGCCAGGACCCAUUUGUGGGAGGUUAAAAAACGGAGAAUCUGUAACGCUGGAAAAUGGAGUCGUGGUUUCCCCAGAGGACGUGCUGGAGGAAGCUGUCCCGGGCCGGAAGGUGUGCAUCCUGGGGGAUUGCUGCAGCCUUGUGGGCGACGCGGGGCGCAGGCUGUGCCACGGAGCUGACGUCCUGGUCCACGAGGCCACCCUGGAGGACAGCCUGAGAGACAAGGCCUGGGAGCACGGGCACAGCACGCCCAGCAUGGCCGCCGAGCUGGCAGAGGCAUGCCAAGUCAAGCAGCUGGUACUCUACCACUUCAGCCAGAGGUACAAACCCCAGAGCCUCCUCAAGGAAAAGGAAGACGACAACGUCCUGGAGCUCAAGAGGCAGGCCGAAGCAGCUCUGAACGGCGGGGAAGUUAUCCUUGCCGAGGACUUCUUAACGAUACCUAUUCCCAGCAAAAGAUGCAGUUAGUUUUUUUAUAAAUAGAAUUGUUUUUAUCUGCUGAAGUGUCAUGGCUAUUUUUGUAUAUGAUGACAUUGACUUGAGGUGUAAAACCUUAUGACCCCCUUAUUUUAAAUUGCUUUGGUUGGAAUCGUUUUUAUUCAAGUUCUCUUAUAGAUAAUUGUCAGGCAUUUUAGAAAAUGCAUGCCAGAGAAAAUGGUUUGAUGCCAUAAAGUGACUGAGGUCCUGGUGUCCUGCUCCUUCUUUGGAGACAACAUGACAGUACAAUCACCCCUGUCCACUGGAAAGCAGGCUUGCUCAGUGCUCGGUAUGUCGGCAUGGCUCAUCAGACCCUGUCCUACAGAUGCUAGAGUGGGAGCACCAUGCGAUUCCGCUGAAUUAUUUUGAGGGUGGUUAUUUUAGUAUGGUGGGAUGGGGCACUUAUUUUGUAUUUAAAAGUGGAUCUAUUUCAUGCAAUAAAAGUUUAAUUGAUCGUA